AUGGACUCCGAGUUCGCCUACAUUGUCAGCAAUGCUGCGCUCACAGGCAUCAUGAUUCUGCCCGUGCUCGUGAUCUGGGUGCUGUUCCUGUUCCAGGCCAGGCGGCGCAAAGACCCCGUACGCGACGGCUUCGCAUGGCUCAAGGCCAGCUUCUUCUUCUUCUUUCUGAGUCUGAUCAUCACAACCGCGUCGGACGGCGUCAUUGCCGUCCUGAUCAACGACCCCUCCAACUUGAGCGCCAGCGCAUUCAUCUCGCUGGCCAAGGCAUCCGACUACCUGUCGAUCGUGUCGGGCUACCUGGAGCAGCUGUCCAUCAUCCUCACGCUGGUGGCCCUGAUCGAGCUGGCCUACGGCUUCUAUGUCGCGCUGCAGCCGGUGGCGCACGACGCAGCGAACAGCGCACCUGCUGCCGACGCGGCGAAGGGCGGCAGCGGCGCCGCGGCGACCCGUGGCGAGGACAGCCGCCUAGCCCAUCACAACAUGGUCCACAUUGCGACGGCCGUCGUGGGCGUCGUCCUCCUGGCCCUGGCGACGGCCUGGUUCGGCAAGGGCGCGGCGGCGUACGUCAAAUACAACAACGUCGUCUACAGCGACGACAGCAACACCAGCUACAGCCGCGCCACCGCCGACCUCGUCGCGUCCGUCCGCAUCGGGCACAAGCUCGGCGGCGCCUUUGACAUUCUCGUGUUUGUGCUGUCGCUGCCGCUGCUGGGCGCGGCGGGCUACCUGGUGAGCCGCGCCCAGGGCCUGCCCAUCAAGAACACGACGGUGCUGUACCUAGUGGCCGUCGUCUUUUGGUUCAUCCGCUUCCUGUGGCGCCUCGUCUACAACGCCGUCUGGCUGCUGCCGACCACGACCAUCCGUACGCCCAUCUGGCUCAACGUGGUCGACCCGCUGCUCAACGUGUGGACGUUUGUCAUCACCAUCAUCCUGCUGUACAUUGUGGGCGUCCGCCGCGCCGGCGGCUUGUGGUCGACGCCGCAGCCGUGGACGCAGUUUGCCGCCGGCGGCGCGUACGCUGGCGGCUACCAGCCAGGCGUCGCCCCCGCCGCCCCCUACCAGUACAACGGCUACAAUGGGUACAACGCCGGACCCGUGCCCCCGGGCGCUCCCGUGUAUCAAUUGCAGGGCCACGAUGCACAGCGGCAGCAGUUCCACGAGAUGCCCAACCCGGCCGCCGCCGUCUAUCCCCAGGAGAUGUACGCGCCGCAGUUGCAGGGCAGCGUCCCGCCGCAGCAGUACCAGCCAUACCCCCCACCGGCAGUGGCCUCCCCGCCCCAAGGCCAUGUGGCUCCAGAGCAGACGCCGUCGCCCCUGACCGAGUCGGCGAACGGCGUCAACGCGACGCCUCCCCCGCCGUCCGGAACGAGUGCGUCGCCGCCUGCCGAGGUCAAGUCAUGA